AUGGUAGAAAUUGAAAAAGAACCAAAAACAAAAGAAAGGGAAAUAAAAAAACCUUUCACUGACCUCAAUCUGGAUAACUCUAUCAUUUUUUCACUUUUUAUUCAAAAGUAUUUUUAUUGCGCAAAAAUACAAGAGAUUACCAUACCACAUAUUUUAAAGAGAAAUGAAAAUGUUUUAUUGCAAUCUGAAACAGGAACUGGAAAAACAUUAUGUUUCGCCAUCCCAAUACUUCAAACUUUACUCAAUUAUAAAAAGCAAAUAUCUAUAAUUAGCGAAAAAGGUUGCAAAGAAAAAAUAAAAUGUAGUCCUGAUAACACUCGUAUUGAUAACACUGCUAAAGUCAACGAUUUUUUUUAUGAUGAAAAUAGUAUUAAUUCUAUUUAUGAUUAUUUUCAAAAAUGUGAAAUUACUAAGUGUAAAUCCAUUCCAUUUAACAUAAAUGUAGAUAAAUUUAUUUCAUAUAUUAGUAAUAAUAAUAUAAUUAAAAAUCAAAAUACAAUAACUGACAUCGAUAAGGAACAAAAUCAAGAUACUAUUGAAGAAAAAACAAAAUUAAUAACUAAUGUGAAUCCAGAACUCAAACAAAAUGAAAACGAUCAAAAAAGUAACCAACCAAAAGACGACAAAAAAUAUGAAGAAAAAGAAAAAUGUAGUGCCCAAUUUAAUAUAUCAGAAAUCACAGCUAUUAAAGAAGAUAACGAAAUAUUUAAUAAUGUAAAUCGAAAUAAAGAAGAUAUAGGAAUUGACGUAAAUACAAUUAUAAUUACCCCAACACGUGAACUUUGUAUACAAAUUUAUAAUGUAAUAAAUAAAUUUAUAUUUUUUAUAAGAUUAUAUUUUUCAAAUAAAUUUAAUGUAGAUUUAAAAAUAUUAGAUAGAGAUAAUUUUUUUAUAAAUAGUUUAUUAUUUAGAGGAGCUGUAAAAAUUGAAGACGAUAUAAAAGUUUUAGAAAAUGAAAAAAAAAAAAAAAAUACUUUUCAAAUAAUUACAGCUACCCCUGGAAAAUUAGCAAAUUUAUUUAAAGAUUAUAAUCAUCUUUUUAAUACAUCAAAAUUGAAAUAUUUUAUAUUAGAUGAAGGAGAUAAAUUAUUGGAAGAGAGUUAUAUAAAUUAUGUAAAAGAUGUUGUAAAUAGUAUCACAUCUAAUGAUUAUAUCACUUGUAUAUGUAGUGCAACUUGUUUAUAUGAAGAUAAAAUUUGUAGUUUAUUUCCUUCUGGAUUAAAAAAAAGAAAACCAUUCAGAAUAAUUGUUAAUCCUAAGGAAGGUGAAAAUGUACAACAAUAUGAUCUCAAUAAUAUUUCCCCUUCACAUGUUUACUUAAAUGAUAACAAGAAUGAUAAUGAAAAUAUAACUACCACAUUUGCAAUGUCCAAUCGAAUUGAGAAUUAUUAUAUUGUGUUAAGAAAUAUAGACAAAUUGUUUUUUCUUUUUAAAUUUUUAAACACUGUUUUGAGUAAUGGGGAAACUGCCAUUGUGUUUUUUCCAACCUGUUUUUGUGUUGAUUAUUAUUUUCACAUGUUUAAAAGUAUAUUUAGCAUAAAAAAUUUAUACAAUAAUGAUGGGGAAAACCUUUUUGAGAAACUUGUUAAACUAAAUAAGCUUUACAAUAAUAUUUGUACAGAUGAUGAGAUGCUCGUUUUUUCAAAAAUGAUUUGCUAUAUUAAAAAUUAUAUAGGAAAAAAUAAAAUAAAUUUUUUAAAAAUUCAUAGAAAAAUGAAAGAUAAAAAACGGAUUAGUGCUUACAAUAAAAUAACAGAUAAUAAAAAAGUUUCUAAAAAAAAAAAUGUAAUUUUUUGUACAGAUGUUAUGAGUAGAGGAAUCAAUAUUAAUAUUCAUUGGGUUAUAAAUUAUGAUGUUCCAAAUAAAAAUAUGACAUAUAUCCAUAGAAGUGGGCGAACUGGUAGAUUUGAUAAAACAGGUAAAAACAUUAUUUUUAUAAAUAAAAAAGAAAAGGAAUAUUUAUACUUUUUAAAAAGUAAAAAAGUUAACAUUUAUAAUUUUAAAAAAACUGAUAUGUUUCAAAAUAUGAUAAAAUACGAAUCCACAAUCAUCAAAACAGAACAACGUUUAAAUAAGGAGGCUCUAAAACUUGCAAAUAGAAAUAGUGAUUGUAUAAGUUUUCUUGAAAAAAAACUAUUUUUUACAAAUUGUCAACCGAAAGGGAAAAAUAAAAGUAAAAAUGGGAGUGAAAGUAAGAAUGACCAGGUGAAAAAAGAAACCCUCAAACGACAAAAUAUUAUAAUCCCCAAUAAUAUAAUUACGAUAUUCUUGAAACUAAUAAUAUUUUAUGUUAUUGAAAAUCGAGAAAUGUUCAAUUUAUCAACAAAAGCAUUUCUAUCAUACAUCGAAUUUUAUAAAAAUCAUCAGCUAAAUUUCCUUUUCCCAUUUAGCAAAUUAAAUAUAUCACAUUUAUGUCAUACAUUUGCAUUAGUUAAAAUACCAAAGUUUAAGGAAAAGGAAAAAGUUAAAAAUUUUAAAAGCUUCGAUAUAAAUAUUUAUGACAUACCCUACAAAAAUAGCGAAAAAGAAAAAAAGAGAUUAGAAAAUAAGAAAAAAAAAGAAGAAGAACAGGAGAAAAUUUUAAAAAAGGACCAAAAUAUUUCUACUGAACAAAACAAUACAUUGAAUAAAAACAAAAAAAAACGAAAAACUAUUGUUCAAAAAAAACAUGAAAAAAGAGAAAUGGAUCAAAACGAAAUUGACUCGUUAUUUUUUGAAGAAAAAUUAUUUAAAAAAUUAAAAAAAAAAAAAAUAACUGAUGAGGAAUAUGAUCGAUUAUUAGGAAUUGAUGAUCUUGACAAAUUAUUCACUUCAAAUCCGUCAAAAAAAAACACACAAAUUGUUAAUACAAGUAUUCUACAAAAUUCAAAUAAAAAAAAAAGUAAGAAAAAACAAAAAGUAUAUAAUUUAAAGGUCAAAAAAGUAAAAAAAAACUCGAAAAGACGGAGAUAA